GGCAAACUGCGGCAGACUGACAGGAGUGGUUUGGCUCAUGUGUGGCCCUCCUUUCUUCCUGGUACCAGCGGUCUUCUUGUGCUCCCUGCUGACUGGUGGUGUCUGUCCCUGGUCCCUGCUGGCAUCUCCAAAGACGAGUCCGCCUGCUGAGAUGUAUCCACCGCCUGCGUCCCUCCCCUGCGUCCAUGCAAUGCCCAUGUCCGAACGUCCCUGCGGAGAUAACGCCACCAGCACCGGCAGCCACGCCGUGUUCGACAUCGACGUCGACAUCAUGCCCUCCUCGCUCUUGCGGGGCACCGUUUUGGGCGAGUGCCACACGGUGCUGCAGGCGUCGAGAGAGAGCCUUACCAACAGCAGGAGGCUCUCCAUGCGCCGCCUGCUGAUGGACCACUUCAAGGCGGUCUACGACAGCGACCCCGCCAACCACGGCGUGCGCAACGUGAUCCACUACCUCAACUCGAAGAAGUUGAGCUUGUUUUUGUUCAGAAAGUGUCGGUCGAAACACAAGAUGGUUUCGCUGUUUUCCUACGCAGACUUCUACGACUUGACAAACGCCCUCAAUGACAGAAAGAAGUUCAAGUUUGUCGUCUUCUUCGUAAAACAGUCCACCCUCUUGCACGUGUCCCCGACGGAGGUGAACAACUCGCUCCUCGACAAGCUCAACGGAGAGUCCAGCAAGGGCUCUGCCCGCGGCUCCUUUGUUGCGAAGGAGCUCUCUGAGGAGGAAGACAAACCCGACUCCGACGACGAGCUCUACAUCAGCAGCGGCACUCUUGGUGGCGCUGCUUCUGCGGCCACCUCCGUCUGUACUCCAUCUGCAGAGCCUCUUCAAUCGUCAAACCCCUUAGAUCUCUUGACCGCCCCCUCAUCUGCCAACGCUUCCGAGCAGUUGGACUGCUUAAUCGGCAUCAUCAAGUCAUACCUCGACCCAGGCAACUUUGACAAGCAUCUCUCCGUCUUACUGGAGGGUAUCAACGACCUGAAAACAAACUUGUCCGACAACAUAGAACCUCUCAACCAGAAAUUGGACGGCUUGUGCGCCUCGAUCCUGCAGCUGACAACCUCGCCGGUCAACCCACCCGAGCAACCCUCUCCCUCCUCCUCUUCGACCCAUUUGCCGAGAUGCAACGUUACUCACUCUUCAGUAAUCUGUGACGGUUGCGAUCAACCUGUCAAGGGUUUCAGAUACAAGUGCGUCCAAUGUUAUAACUACGAUCUAUGUGAAGAGUGCGAUUCGAAGUGCUUCGAAUCUCAAGGACACUCCAAAACCCACCAAAUGUUGAGAAUCUUCUUGGAUGAACGACCAAUCCCUUUUGCCAACACCAGCAACCCAACUUCUACGCCUAACGCUUUCGACCUCUACGAGCCUUUCUGGACAUGCAAAGAUAUCUAUUCUGUCCCCAACAGCGAGUACAAAUCCUAUGCUUUCAAGACUUUUGACCCAUCUGCAAGCGUCAACAAUAGCUCUAACAGCUCGGAAUUGUCCGCUUCCAUAUGGGUUGAGGACUUCCGCUAUUUGAAUAUAAGUCUAAAUUCCAAGUUGGACGAAUACAAUAUCCUUAUGUCCAUCUUCUUUGACGACAACGCCAUGCAACCUAUCGAAAACCUCGAAAUCAAGCUAAGAACUUCCAGCACAGUGCUCCAUCUUGAUCUUUUUGACUACACCAAACCACUAACUGCUGAUCAUUCCUACAAGUUCACAACCAGCUGCAUAGACGUUUUCUAUUUGCAAAUCACCUCAGGCAACAAGAAAUAUCUUUUCCAGCCAGAUGAACAAGCUUUGGAAACUGGAAAGUUGUGUGGAGUUUUCAACUUAAUUGAGGAAGGCGAAGAGCAAAAUUCUGGCUUGAAAAGAGAAGAAGACGAGGAGCAGGAAGAGGAAGAAAGCGACGACGACAACGACGACAGCAAAAUGGAUGUCGAGACAUUUGAUGAUUUAGAUGAUACUGACGACACUAAUGAGGAUGAGGUUAAGGAGGACAAUAGUGAACUAGUAUUGGAAAAGGAAACAGAAUUCACACCUUCUCUUUCUAACUCCUCCGCAUUUGAAAAGGUGAAGGCAGACUUCACUUUUGACUCAGAUAUAGAAUCGUUCCAUUCUGCAACAAACCCAGACUCGGUGUCGAUCACUCAGUUCAAAACUUUUGACCCAAAACAUGAGUUCGAAAUGCUUGGAUACUAUGUAUUAGACUUCAACACUAAUGACUUGGAAGUAAGAGUGAGAUCCACGUUAGCUAUGGAUCCUAAAGAACUUAUCUCCUUGUCUAUCGUUAAUAACGAAGGCACGAGGUUCACCUCCGAGUUAGUCAACCAAGGCGGUGACAUAUUGGUUGCAAGAUUUCCUAACUGGUGUUAUGGCGAUUUCCAGCUGAACAUCAGGGAGGCUACUGUUCAUUACAAAGCCUACGACUACGAGAUUUUUGUCAGCUCGCUUUCUAGGAGGACAGUUUCCGAAAACUCCACAGAGCCGGAGUUAGGCACUUCGUUCACCGAGAAAGCUGAGUUGGCAAUUCCGCAAAUCGGAACCGAACAGCAGGAAAGCGAAUAUGUUUUCAUUUCCAGGACUGAAAGCCUGGUAGAUGACCACUCUGAUUACAGUAUUCUUUCGGUGGAUGACGAUGAGGUUGAGAAGAAUUGCCACGUUUAGUAGGGUGAGACCUGCAUAUUCCACUUCUUCUCUCUUUAUUCAUUCAUAUCAAACUUCGGCUUUUUUGUUUGUUUGUUUUUUGGUUUUACGGUUU